AUUUUUUAAAACAAAAUUAUUGAAAAAUUUCCCUAAAAUAAGAUGUCUCAAAACGUAAGCAAUGAUGGCGAUUACGGGCGGUGUUUCCAGUUUUGGCAAGAACUUAUUGAUUGCUUCGGAGAACAAGGAAGAUAUAAACAACAUACAAAAUGUGUUCAGCAAAAAGAGGAUUAUAAUGAAUGUCUUCAUCAUAGAAAACUGUCAGCACGAUUGGAAAGAAUAAGAGAAGAGAAGAACAGAUUAAUUAAAGAAGGAAAAUGGCCACAAUAGAGUGUGAUUUUGAAAUAAAAAGAAACACUUUUACUAGGCUUUAGAAAUACCAACUUGAUUAUAUAUUUGAUAAAAAAGUGUUUGUUAAUAAAAUUGU